CAUAUUGUUGGAUUUAUGUAGUUCAUGAUUAACAUACAUUUUUUUUGUUUACUUUUUAUGCACCAAUUUUGGUCACCACUUGAUGUCCAAUGUAAAAAUUGUGUCCUGAAGUAUAAAACGAGUUGAGAUCCACUGCUAUAAAUAACUGAAUUAAUUCCAGGUAGUGAAUGGGUGCAAGUACAGGCAGCGUGUUCUGCCGAAACACACCCCAUGGCACUGAGUCAUUGACUGUCUGUAAGUCCUUUUGUCUUAUCUGGUUGCGUAUAUGUUCACGCACUAUCUCUCCCUCACCUUGCAGCAUUAUCAGUUGCACAAUGCAAAUGAGGUGAGUCCUUAGGGCGCAGUUUUUGUGUGUGCGUGUGUGCAUGAGCGAACCCGCAGAAUGCCUGUUAACCUACAGAAGGUAAGGAGGAGGUAAGUAGGGAGGGGAAGAAACAAGCCAAUUGCUACUAAGGCAGGGGUGUGACCGCAAAGUACUUCAAACAAAGAGCAUUCCCGUGGCUCUUGAGCAGCGGUGCUGUCAUGUUACGCACUUUCCCACCGUCAGCGGCGGAACGCAGAGCGAGCGGCGUGAGAUUAGACGUUUACCUGAACCGCUGACAGGAAGCAGAGAUCGUGGUCAUGAUUGGUAUGAUUGGCGAGUGGCUGUGGUGGGACCGGCUAUGGCUGCCGGGGAACCUCACGUGGGCCGAUCUCAAAGACGAGGAAGGGCUCGUCUAUGCCAGAGUUUCCCACCUCUACGUCACUGUGCCGUACGCUUUAGUCUUCCUGCUAGUCAGAUACUUGUUUGAAAGGUUAAUAGCGACACCGCUUGCAGCUUUGCUUGGCGUUUCAGAGAAGACCAGAUACAAAGUGGAGCGCAAUGCUGUUCUUGAACAUUAUUUCAUUACAAAGUCAAAAAACCCAGGACAGGCAGAUAUUGAUGGCCUGUGUAAAAAAUGCAGCUGGUCAAGUAGACAAGUGGAGCGCUGGUUCAGGAGGAGACGAAACCAGGACCGUCCUAGUGUUCUGAAAAAGUUCAGAGAGGCCAGUUGGCGGAUGGUGUUUUAUCUGGGGGCGUUCAUUGGUGGAAUCAUAGCCCUGUAUGAUAAACCCUGGUUUUAUAAUUUGCGGGAGGUAUGGAAUGGUUAUCCCAAACAGUCCAUGCUAGAGUCGCAGUAUUGGUAUUAUAUUGUGGAGAUGAGCUUCUAUUUGUCGCUCGUGCUCAGAAUAACAUUCGAUGUCAAACGAAAGGACUUUAAAGAACAGAUCAUCCAUCAUUGGGCCACACUGACACUCUUGGCUUUCUCCUGGUGUGGAAACUACAUCCGGGUCGGGACCCUGGUCAUGCUUAUUCACGAUUCUUCAGACAUUCUUUUGGAGUCCGCCAAGAUCUUUAACUAUGCCAAAUGGGAAAGAACGUGCAAUGGCAUCUUUGUGGUAUUUGCCAUUAUCUUCAUAGUCACACGACUCAUAAUCUUUCCAUUUUGGAUCAUUCACUGCACAUGGGUUUACCCGCCUGACUAUUACCCUCCAUUCUUUGGAUAUUACUUUUUUAACUUCAUGCUUGUCAUCCUGUUGAUGCUCCACAUAUUCUGGGCCUAUCUGAUUCUACGUAUGGUGAAGAUGUUCCUUUUCGGAAGUUUAACCAAAGAUGAGAGAAGUGACAAUGAAGAAGAUGAGGAAGAGGAAGGGGAGACCAGUGUGACCGAAGACAAUGACGGACAUGUGAAAGUGACCAAUGGCUGUGGCGGAGGCGGAGCUAAUCAUCACUGACACUGACACAUCUUCCCUUAAACUGUGAAGGACUUUGAACUGCCCUCAGGGAUGCAAAGAGCCAAAAACAUACUUUUGAUUUAUUUCCACACAGAAUUUGCCAGAGACCUGUCAAAACAAAUUGCAUCUUCUAAUAACACUGAAAACACGUUUUCUCCACACGGCUUCACUGGAGGCGAGGCGCUGUGUGUCUUGGCUGCUUUAAACCUUUUCCCCCCCCUUUCAACUAAAAACUUUUUUAUUGUGGCACAGGAUCACAUGGGUAAUUAUGAAAGAACACUGCACAAAGAAAAAGAAACUCCUCGUAAGAUUUAAUAGACUCCUCAUUGUUUUUGAAGCUCAAAGAUCACGUCACACUGGCUGCCCUCGCUGUCUGGCAUCAUCCAUCGAGGCUUCAACCGCCGUGCUGCUGAGGUUUACAUCAACCUCUGCUGUCUAUGAAGAACUGAAAUGAAAUCUCAAGUCUGCAUUUCUUGCAAGUGAUUUUGAAGAAGAGCAUCUACCCUCGUAUCACUUUAACCUCUGGACUCUGGAGCUGGGUCUCUAACAAUAGACAGCAGACGUUUUCUUUUAGUGUCUACGUCGGACGUGUCCAACAUUGUGGCUUGAUGGUGUUCACACUGCAUACACUUUUGAUGGCUGGAGGCCCUGAGUCUCUGCACUGCUGGUUUCUUGUAUGCAUUUCUAUGUGUACUCUGAAUCUGCACUCCCAUUGGCAGUCGCCGCAUGGCACUCUGCUCAACUCAAAUCACCAGCUGUCACUGAAAAUGAAGGACUUUCAGUCAGUCAGAGGUUCAGUAGUCACCUUCAGAUGUGUGUGCCACAAAACCAGAAGUGUUAUUUUUAAAAUAGCUAGUUUUAGAGGUGUUAAAAGAUGUUUUAACCUUUUUACUUGCUCCACAAGAUUAUCUUCAAACUAGGGUUGAGCAAAUCUCACAAUUCCCUUAUGAAAAUGAACCAUGGUUUUAUUUUUGUUUUUUUGGCAGAUUGAUUUCCACUUGUAUAACCACAGUUUUACCACAAAAAAACAUGGUUAAUCAAUGGUUAGCGUAGCAAAAAGGUUAAAAAGGUUAACUGAAGAAUCAAUCUAUCUAUCUAUCUAUCUAUCUAUCUAUCUAUCUAUCUAUCUAUCUAUCUAUCUAUCUAUCUAUCUAUCUAUCUAUCUAUCUAUCUAUCUAUCUAUCUAUCUAUCACAGAAGUUGAAAUACAAAAGAUCUGAUGCUCUGCUCGUGUUUAGUGUAGACACGAUUUCAUAAGAUAAUAUGUAUGUGACUUAAAACUACCUAAGUAUAUCUGAAGAAUGCUGUAUGUGAUAACUAUGAGAUUGUUUAAUAAGUCUUAUUGACAUUUUAUAAACUGGUUGAAUACUCACAUGUGUGAGUGACUGAUUUGGCAAGUGUUUUAGGCUAUUUACUCGAUAUGUGUAUGAGAGAAUGACAAAGAAUGAAUUGUGGUGAAUGAGGUCCGGCCUUUGCAAAAAAAAAAGUAUGACAAAUCAUUUUUGUUUUUCUGGGGUGAUGCAAAGACCCACAGAUCAGCAGAGAUGGUUUUGAGAAUUUAUGUAGUGCAUUUACUGUUUUAUGCACUGAAAAUGUGAAGGCUUCAUUGAAGAUUAUAUUUUUUAAAUGUUUAAUUCUAAUUUUAUUGGAAUAAAGAUGUUUUUGAUCUAA